AUGGAUUUAUUUUCGAAAAUUGAUCAUGAUUUAUUGUCCGAUGAUGAUGAAGAAAUUGUGCAAUAUUUAGAUACUCCCUUUUUCUCUCGAAGAGUCUUUGUUGAAAAUGAUUUAUUCGGCACAUUACGAGAUGAUGAAUUCGUGAAACGGUUCCGCCUAAGUAAACAAAGUGCAGUGUUCCUUCUUGAUAAAAUGGUACACAAGUUUCCUAAUGACUUUAACAGCUUACCUAUGUUAAUUCCAUUACCAAUAUGGAAGUAUCGUUUGGUAGAGCAGGAGCUGAGAGUGCUUGAACGCCUCACAGUAGACACCUAUCUUUAUCCUAUUGUUCACUCGCGAAACGUUCUAUCGCUACAGCUAAACAAAGAGGAAUGCACAGACGAAUAA